UUGUUUUCAUAGUCAAUUGUCACCAAACUAGUUAGCUUCAAAAAUAAUUUUGUCUUCCGCAAAAGAAAAAGUCAUACAGUUCUGGGGCAACAUGCGAGUGAGUAUAUGAUAACAGAUUUAUUUUAUUUUAUUUUUGGAUGAACUAUCCCUUUAAGUGUCUGUACUUUUUGGCGCUGCUGUAGUAGGUUGAAGUACUGAACAAACUCAAAUGAAGCAGUGCAGGUCAGUUUAAUGUGUGUCUAACGAGGAUGUCGUGAAUAACCUUUAGCCAAACGUCACCGUGGGAACCAGAGGGGUGGUUAUUCGCCGUAUCUCCAGCCAAAUGUUUUCAACACUUCUCGACUCCUCUUUAACGAACAGUAAGUUUAUACACCUCCAAUAGAAGCUAACGGUUUCGAAAAACUCGCGUUUCUCUUCAAAAGACGACGUCCAAGUAUAUAAACGUUUCCAGUAAUAUGAAUUGUUAGAGGAUAGUGUGUUUUUUUUUUAUCUUUUCAGUUUUAUUUAUCAAAAGACAACUGCAUGCUGUCUGGUGAGUGGGACAAUUAUUCUAUCACAAAAAGUACACGUCAUGUUUUAUGGUACAAGAAUAUUUUGUGCAUGCUAUUGUGACAUUGAAAUGUUUUAGAAUACUGUGAUAUUUUUGGAAAUGUCAUAUAAAUAUCAAGGAUACAUUAAUUUCAUUAUCUUGGUAGUGGCACAUUAAGGAUGGCAUUUUAGGCAUACCUUUGUAAUACUUUUUUUUUUUUUUUUUUUGAUAUGGUGCUGUCAGAAUACCAUGCUGUUCUUUGUAGUAAAUGUAAAUUACCAUGGCAAUCAUCUGACAUUUUGGUAUUAGUGUGUGAGAAUAACUGUUGUUUCCUCCUCUUAUCAUUUUUCUUCUUAUUGAUUUUUCUAUACUAGGGUGUUUUAAAAGAUGUCAUCAACAGCUUGCUGUCCAGAUCCAUGUAAUAAUGGAAAUCCCUUGACCUGGCUUCUUUGUCCAAGCAUUGAUCAUGUGUCCUCUGCAUUGCAAAUUCUUUUUGACCUUGCUCGGGAGGACAAAGGUGCACUUGUUGAAAAGGUUCUUCAGCACUGCAACCCAGAAUUGUGUAUAGAUGUUCUACGAAAGCUGCUGAAGUCAUCUGCCUCAUGGCUGAGCAGUACUGCAGCUUUUAUCUUUGGGGUCCUGCUGGAGAAUGAAUUCAUGGUGCUGAAACUUCAGAAGGGGACUGAAGAAGACAAUAGUCUCAUAUGUGACCUUGUUCAGAUGCUGACUGUAGAUGAAUCUGAUGUUGUGAUGAAUGCUGCUGGAGCCAUAGCCUCAUUGGUUGAAACUGCAUCAGGGCGAACGUGGUUCCUUCAGAACCAAAGUGUGUUCAAUGAGGCCCUUGAGAGAUUAUCUGUUCUUCUAGAGAAUGAGAGAGAGAAUACUGUUAACUCUGCAGCACUCAUUCUUGCACGUCUGUCCCUGUGUGAAGAAACCUGUGAAAAGGUUUUAUCCUAUUCAUCUGCCUGCGAGACCUUCAGACGUUUGGCACAGUGCUUAUCAUGUAGCCACAAAGACACAGCCAUGAAUGCAGCAUUUGCUGUUGGUCGUCUAUGUGGGAGCAGACAGGCCAGGAUCCUUAUUCUAAGAGAGGCCAAAGAGCAACAGCUGGUUAGCCGACUGCAGGCUCUGCUGUCGAGUGGGUCAGGAGUGGAGAUGGGCCAAACGGCAUGCUUUGCUCUGAGCUGUUUAGCAAAUGAUGAAGACGGCCAUGCUCUGCUGAUGGAAAGCACUUCUGUCCCUGCUUUGCUGGAUGGUCUUUUACAGCUGUUGCAGAGCCCAGAACCAGACAGUAUCUGGUUUGCUGCUAUGACAGUGAGAGUGCUGGUGUCCUGGCCGAGUGGAGUGGUUCCUGUCAGGAUGCAUUAUCCUCUGCUUGAGCAGCUAAAGUUGCUCUCUAUGUCGCCAUCCACUGGGCCAGAACUGCGGGAGGAGAUCAACGUGUGUCUCAGGAGACUGGAGCAUUUAUCCAAACCACCUCCAGUGAUGGUUACAAAUCUCACAUCAACAAGCUACACUGUAUCAUGGGAGAGGUGUGAGCCAGAGAGCGGCCUGGAGGUCAUAUACAGUCUCUUUGACAGAGAUGUAAUGCUGUACCAAGGCCUGUUGUGUCAGGUGACCUUACCUGUUUCUCCCCACCAAUCUAUGGAGCCCCUCUCCCUACUGCUCAACCUGUCUACACCUGAUGGUGACAUUAGUCCUUUCAGUGAACCUGUUGUUAUUGCUCCUGAGCAACUGGGCAUUAGACUUAAACCUCCACGAGAGCUCUGUGUGAUUGGCUCUACAGCUACACAUGUACGCCUUUGCUGGAUAGAGCCAGAGGGAAGAGUCAAACCCAAAUCAUACCAGAUCUACUGUAAUGACACACUGGUGAAGACCACCACUCUACUGGGGGCUACAGUGAGUGGUUUAUCUCCCGCUACCUCCUAUAAACUAAGUGUGAGUUCACUCGGUCCAGGGGACAAGGAGAGUCCUAGAGCAGUAACUGAAGUGAGAACAGCAGACAAUCAGGAUCAUGCUCCUUCUGCCCUGACUGUAGUUGUCCUGGGACGGCAUGAAUUGCAGAUAAACUGGGGAGUUCCAGUUGCUCCUUUGGGGAGACUCUUCAAAUAUGAGCUAAAUAUGAACGGAUGUGUGGUGUACAUGGGUACAGAGAGGGCAUACACUGCUCGCCGCCUGUCUGCCAACACAGCAUACACCUGCACUGUGACAGCCAUCACCUCCAGGGGGCGCUGCCAGAGUAGUCCGGUUACAAAGAAGACAGCACGGGAUGAAUACCUGCCCUCAAGCAGAUAUAUGCUUUCUCCUAUCCAUCAGACUGCUUCAAAAUGCUCCACUCCUUCAAGUAUCCAAGUGAUGAGUGAGGUCAAAAAGAAUGACACAAAUUCACCAGCUACACUAAAGUCUAAAGUCCGCCCCACUGUUAUUCAACACAGAGCCUUUGACCUUCGAAAAGACAGACAAAGGCAAUCAUCAGUCCAGAUACAUAGUCCAAAGGAAAUCCAAUCUUCCAGUUACACAUCUAAGAGUGACAGACAGGGUCCAGCUGUUGUGUUUCCUGUGAGCUCUACUGACCGUCUUACAGUUCCUAAUGGAGAACAUUCCGAGUACAUAUUCCAGAUGCAGACCUUGUCAUCCAUUCCAGAGGAACUCAAACACUUUAGGGCCAAGAUCAGCCCAGCCAGACUCAUGAAGUGGAGCUCAGACAGAAAAGUUCCAAUUGACAGAGAGAAACUCCCAUGCAUCAGCAAACAAAUCUCAGAGGAUGUGAGACUGCUUCAGCCUGUCUUGUUUAGUUGGUAUAAUCUGGAAUGGACAAAACAACAUCAAAACAGAUCACAAAGGGACAGGAUUAAAACUGUCCAAAGUCAGCAAAGAGGAAGACGAUACCAAGUACCAUCACAAACCAAACUCGCGUAACAAAUGGAGUAGCCUACCUCUAAGACAUUUCAUAUGUUUCCUUCACAAUAAAUAAAACAUAAUUGUUUGUGAUUAUUA